AUGAAAGGUCUAAUUGUGGCGCUGACCUUAGGGCUGCUUAUGAGCAACAUCCUUCUACUCCAGGGCCUUCCGAUAGAAAGCCUUGUCGUUCACAUGAGAAGAUGCAAAUGUGCCAAGCAAACCUCGGCUGCCGUCAACCUUUCGCACUUUAAGUCCGUUCAAGUGUUUCCUCAGAGUGUAUACUGCCGAAGGAAGGAAGUCAUAUUAAUCACAAAAAAGGACCGGAAGAUCUGUGUCAAUCCCAACGCUGCCUGGGUUCAGGACUUACUGAAGAUCUUGACACAGAGACAAUCGUAGUAAAGUGACCAGGACAGGAAGCCACAGAUGAAGC